AAGCCCAAUAGCAAUCUUUCGUCCUCUCUUUAAAAGGCCUCUUAUUCUGUGUAUGUGCCUGACUACUAGUCUACUAUUUCCAUCCCUUUACAUAAAAAGAGAGCAUGUUCAAGUUCGGUUCAAGUAAAAAUGCAGCCAUUUCAAGAGCUUGCCUUGCUCGGAUCUGUAGCAGGGGAUUGUCCAGUGAGACUGGAAGCAAGUUAGAGGGCAAAGUAGCACUGAUCACUGGAGCAGCUAGUGGUAUUGGCAAAGCAACAGCAGCAAAAUUCAUCCAAAAUGGUGCUAAAGUUGUGAUAGCUGAUAUUCAACCCCAACUCGGCCAAGAAACCGCCCAAGAACUUGGACCGAAUGCCUCCUUCAUCACCUGCGAUGUGACGAACGAAUCAGAUGUAUCCAACGCUGUUGAUUUCACCAUUUCCGGACACAACCAGCUUGACAUUAUGUACAAUAAUGCAGGGGUAGCCUGCAGAACUCCUCCUACUAUUGCAGACCUUGAUCUUGCGGUUUUCGAUAAUGUCAUGAACAUCAAUGUCCGAGGAGUUGUGGCUGGAAUGAAACACGCUGCUCGUGUCAUGAUCCCGCGUAAAUCUGGCUGCAUUCUAUGCACAGCCAGCGUCACAGGACUACUGGGAGGGCUAGCUCAACACACAUAUUCCAUAUCAAAGGUUAGUGUCAUUGGCAUUGUGAAAUCUGUUGCAGCAGAGCUAUGCAGGCAUGGGAUCAGAGUCAAUUGCAUUUCGCCUUUCGCGAUUCCAACCGAGCUUGUGAUGCAAGAAUUCACUCAGAUUUAUCGAGGUGUUGAGGCGUCGCGGCUUGUGGAACUGAUACACAAGGCCGGAGCGUUAGAGGGGGCAAAAUGUGAGCCCUGUGACAUAGCCAAUGCUGCACUCUAUCUUGCAUCCGAUGAUGCCAAGUAUGUUAGUGGUCAUAAUUUGGUUGUCGAUGGAGGUUUUACUUCAUUCAAGACUUUUGGGUUCCCUGCACCAGAUCAGAUGCAGUAAAAUCUUUACUGUCAAACAUGAUUUGUGGAGUUUUCGCUUAUUGUUUUCAUGGAAGUUGAAAGGAAAGGUCAUUCUUUGUAAGUACAAGAAGGCUUUGGUUUCCUAAAUACUGUAUUCUGGUAGCAUGUGUAUGCAAGUAUUGACAUCCCAAACAAGCAAUUAUAUUGUUAUAUUGUCCGCUUUGGGGUUUCA